GCGGAAGACGGGCGGCGUGAGGCUGGAAGACGGAUCUGCUUGGCGGGGUGGGGGAGGGGAUCCGGCGUGACAGGGCUGUGGUGAGCGCCAAUCCUUAGUGUCAGGGGGCUUCGCGGCGCUCACCUCGGUUCCUGGGGUUCAGGGUGUUACGUGGCGGCCGCCUUCGCUCCGGCGGCGGUGAAGAGCCGCUCGUCCGCACGUCUGGGCUUGUGCGGCUGCGUCGUGCGCGGAGCUCUCUGGGACUUGUAGUUCUCGAAGAUGGAGGGAGCUGUGCCGCUCGCAGCGCCUCUUGGUCAGAUGGAAGUGUUUCAGGCCCUGCAGCGGCUGCACAUGACCAUCUUUUCCCAGAGCGUCUCACCCUGUGGGAAGUUCCUGGCGGUUGGCAACAAUUAUGGGCAGAUCGCCAUCUUCAGCUUGUCUGCUGCUUUGAGCUCAGAGGCCAAAGAGGAAAGUAAGAAGCCCAUGGUGACUUUCCAAGCCCAUGAUGGGCCCGUCUACAGCAUGGUCUCUACCGAUCGACAUCUGCUCAGUGCUGGGGAUGGGGAGGUGAAGGCCUGGCUUUGGGCAGAAGUCCUCAAGAAGGGCUGUAAGGAACUGUGGCAUCGUCAGCCCCCAUACAGGACCAGCCUGGAAGUGCCUGAGAUCAAUGCUUUGCUGCUGGUCCCCAAGGAGAAUUCCCUCAUCCUGGCUGGAGGGGAUUGUCAGCUGCACAUAAUGGACCUUGAAACUGGGACCUUCACACGGGCCCUCCGCGGCCACACAGACUACAUUCAUUGUCUGGCACUGCGGGAACGGAGCCCCGAGGUGCUGUCAGGCGGCGAGGAUGGGGCUGUGCGGCUUUGGGAUCUCCGCACAGCCAAGGAGGUCCAGACAAUCGAGGUCUACAAGCACGAGGAGUGUUCAAGGCCCCACAAUGGGCGCUGGAUCGGAUGCUUGGCGACUGACUCAGACUGGAUGGUCUGUGGAGGGGGCCCAGCCCUGACCCUCUGGCACCUCCGAUCCUCCACACCUACCACCAUCUUCCCCAUGCGGGCACCACAGAAGCAUGUCACCUUCUACCAGGACCUGAUUCUUUCAGCGGGCCAGGGCCCCUGCGUCAACCAGUGGCAGCUGAGUGGGGAGCUCAAGGCACAGGUGCCCAGCUCCUCCCCUGGGCUGCUCAACCUCAGCCUCAACCAGCAGCCUGCAGCCCCCGAGUGCAAGGUCCUGACAGCUGCAGGCAACAGCUGCCGGGUGGACGUCUUCACCAACCUGGGCUACCGAGCCUUCUCCCUGUCCUUCUGACCUCCAGUGACACCCAGCCCCCAUCCCAGGGGUUUGGAGUGAUUUUUUUCUUUUCUUUUCUUUCCUC